AUGGAUUCCGACGAUGAAAAUUUUCAGCGCUUGGUCGAUGAGGAGUUCGAAGAACUCGUUGCAGCGGUGCAAGAUGAAGCCGACGAGGAGGAGACGGCUUUGGCGGCGGCGGCGGCCAUCCCUCGGUCGAGAUACCGUCGUCGGUAUAUCAACCGUGACCAUGUCGGAGCCGACCAACGGUUGAUGGAAGACUACUUCGGCGAUAACCCCCGUUAUACAACGGAGAUUUUUCGUCGGCGAUUCAGAAUGUCGCAACGACUCUUCAUCCACAUUGCAGAUUGUUUGUCUCAGCGAUACAGGUGCUUCACCUUGCGGAGUGAUGCCACCGGUCGACCCGGAUUGUCGACAUAUCAGAAGUGCACGACCGCAAUUAGGCAGCUUGCCUAUGCCGGGCCUGCUGACAUGUUCGACGAAUAUCUACAGAUGGGCGAAACGACUGCCCUUAAGACGCUGAGACAGUUUUGCAAGGGUAUCAAAGAACUCUUCAAAAGGGAAUACCUACGGAAACCGACGGCCGAGGAAUGCCAGCGACUGAUAAAUAUGCACGGGACUGUGCAUCAUUUUCCGGGCAUGAUGGGCAGCAUCGAUUGCAUGCACUGGGAGUGGAGGAACUGCCCGGUGGCUUGGAAGGGGCAAUUCACUUCUGGUUUCAAAGGGCGACAUCCCACGAUGAUCCUUAAAGCCGUUGCUGACUACCGUUUGCGAAUCUGGCAUGCGUAUUUUGGUGUCACUGGGUCGAACAACGACAUCAAUGUUCUACAAUCAUCGCAUCUCUUCAAUGAUGAGUCCCGGGGUGAGGGUCCGCAAAUCAGCUUUGUGGCCAAUGGCACGCAGUACAACAGAGCAUACUAUUUGGCCGAUGGAAUAUACCCUCGCUGGCCCGUGUUUGUCAAGACGAUCCGACAACCAGUUGGGCCGAAGCAGACCUAUUUUGCAAAAAAACAAGAGUGUGCUAGGAAGGAUGUUGAGCGGGCUUUUGGAGUCCUCCAAUCGCGAUGGGCCAUUUUACGGUGUCCGGUUUGA